AUAUAUGUACAUUCCACCUGACAAAGUGAUCUACCUUUGUGGGACUCUUGUGUCAAUGUGUAAAUGGAGAAAAGAAGUCCUAGCUUGCCAAAUCCUGCUGAACCAGGAUGAUGACAUGUGAUAACUGGAUAGUGAGUGGCCCAAGUUAGCAUAUUUGUACAAUAUUCAACUCAAAGUGCUAUGCAAUUUCUUGGAUUAGAAUUAUGUAAAAUUCCAAUCCUGGUAAUCAAUGGAACUCAGAUCGAAUUUUUAAUAAGAAUGUCCGAAUGGCGUGAGUUGAUUCGGAUUAUAACAAUUAAAUUAAGAAAAAUAUUUCACGGCAAUUUUUGAUUUUUUCUAGAGCCAAUGAGAGCAGCCAGAGGGGGGGGGGGGCAAGAAAUAAGGAAAAAGCUAAGAUAGUAGAUAGAUAAUAUUAGAUAAUUUCUAGUUGUCUAUUAGUAUUACCUUCUAAAUAAAUAAUAAUAAAUAAAAAUAAAAAUAAAAAAAAUAAAUAAACCGAAAAGUAAAAAUGUGAAAACAUGGCAAACAGUUGUUUUGUUUCUGUUUGUCGUUUGUCAUCUUCGAUUUUUUAACGUUUACAAUGCGUUCUGCUAUCUGCGUCUUCGGCAAAAUUUCAACUUUUAACUUUGCCAAUAGCAACCAAAUUUUUGGACACAGUCAACGCGUUUGGCAGACACGAUUAAUACAUUCUGGUAACAUGCAGCCCCGUUAUUUGAAACAAGCCGAGGCAAUUAAACUGGACGAGGAGCUGUUCAACUAUUUUGGAGUUGAACAAUUAAUGGAACUAGCCGGAUUAAGUUACCUUCCAGAAAUAUUUUAUCCUAAACGCCCUGCCAAGAUUCUGUAUGAAAAUCUAACGAAGCAGUGUGAGCUGUUUGAAAUUCCAUUUCUGUCAUCAUUUCCAGCUCAAGAAGAGCUAAACACAAAAUAUUCACUUAUUGUGGAUGCAUUAUUUGGCUUUAGCUUUAAACCCCCCAUUCGACAAGAAUUUUCUGAGAUUAUUAACACCAUGAUACAAACAUCAACACCAUGUUGCAGCAUUGAUAUUCCUAGUGGAUGGGAUGUUGAAAAUGGGCCAGUUGAUCCGACAAAUCAUUUAAAUCCUGCAAUGCUGAUUUCUUUGUCUGCACCGAAAUUGUGUGCAAGUUUUUUUCGAGGCAUCCAUUAUUUAGGAGGUCGCUUCAUUGCCCCUGCAUUAGCUACAAAGUAUGAGCUCAAUUUACCAAAUUAUCCUUCGACGCAAAAUUGUGUGCGGCUGUGAUAGAGUAUUAAACUGUGAAAGUAUAAACAUCCCUAAAUGUAACAUUAUAACCAAUGCAUCUUGAUUCCUAAAUAAAAAUAAAGACUAAAACGAAA